GGGCAGCCAUCGUUUUACCUACUUCAUGUCCAACCCAAAAUGGGAAAGAGGUGGAAGGAUUGGAGAGGAUAGAACGAACAGCAAUGGAAUAGCUUGGCUAUUGUGUUUAAAUUGCAAAAACUCGCUUUUUCCAAUCCUCUCUGUAGGUUUUAUUGGUUAAAAACAAGAAGUUGCCAAGUCAAGGUGGGCUUGAACCAGGACCUGGCCUGAUCUGUUACCUGGCAACCAGUGACGGGGCACCAAUCCUAGCCUCCUGAUUGGCUGUGACAGAAGCAGGCUGUAGAGGUGGAGAGGAGGGGGCAACCGAACACGAACUGCUUUGCUUCCCCCCCCCCCCCUUUUUUUCCCCUUCUUUGUUUUGAGGGGGGGGAAGAGGAGAACUCGGCAGGAGGAGGAGUGCUCUGUGGGCGCACUAACUUCACAGAGGAGCAUGGGGCAGAGUGUUCCUGGAGGCAUAAAGACUAUUGACAUGAGGGAUCCGGCGUUCAGGCCUCUGGAGCUGGCAGCUCUGGACCAUAACAAGCCCUCCAGGCUGGACCUGCUGCUGGACAUGCCCCCUGCUGGACAGGCGGUCCAGAUGCAGCACUCCUGGAACAACAACGACCGAUCGCUCAACAUCUUCGUCAAGGACGACAACAAACUGGUCUUCCAUCGGCACCCCGUGGCUCAGAGCACAGAUGCCAUCCGGGCCUGUAUCGGCUACACCCGGGGGCUACACAUCUGGGAGAUCAGCUGGGCCAUGAGACAGCGGGGAACGCACGCCAUCGUCGGCGUGGCGACAGGAGACGCUCCUCUUCAUUCUGUAGGCUACACGACCCUGGUGGGUAAUAACCACGAGUCCUGGGGCUGGGACCUGGGACGGAAUAAACUCCACCAUGACGGAAAGAACCUGCCUAGUAAGACAUACCCUGCGUUCCUGGAGCCGGAUGAGACGUUUAUAGUCCCCGACUCAUUCCUGGUAGUGUUGGACAUGGACGAGGGGACUCUGAGCUAUAUUGUGGAUGGACAGUACUUGGGGGUGGCUUUCAGAGGACUCAAAGGGAGGAAGCUGUACCCUGUCGUCAGUGCUGUGUGGGGGCACUGUGAAAUACGAAUCCGGUACAUCAAUGGACUUGAUCCUGAGCCUCUCCCUCUGAUGGACAUGUGUCGGCGCUCCGUGAGGGUAGCUCUGGGCAGAGAACGACUGAGUGAGAUCCAUGGUCUGCCUCUACCAGCCUCUCUCAAGAAUUACCUGCUCUACCAAUGACCCCUCAGCACAACAUAGAACACAACUUAGAUCCGUGGACUGCUCCGUCUGUUGUCUCAGUACAUACACAGAACAUGUCUCUCUCUCCUCCGACUGCUCCGUCUGUUGUCUCAGUACAUACACAGAACAUGCGUUUCUCUCUCUCCUGACUGCCCCGUCUGUUGUCUCAGUACAUACACAAAACAUGUCUCUCUCUCGCCCCAUCUGUUCCCUCAGUACAUACACAAAACAUGUCUCUCUCUCGCCCCCCUGACUGACCCAUCUGUUCCCUCAGUACAUACACAAAACAUGUCUCUCUCUCGCCCCCCUGACUGCCCCAUCUGUUCCCUCAAUACAUACACAAAACAUGUCUCUCUCUCGCCCCCCUGACUGCCCCAUCUGUUCCCUCAAUACAUACACAAAACAUGUCUCUCUCUCGCCCCCCUGACUGCCCCAUCUGUUCCCUCAAUACAUACACAAAACAUGUCUCUCUCUCGCCCCCCUGACUGCCCCAUCUGUUCCCUCAAUACAUACACAAAACAUGUCUCUCUCUCGCCCCCCUGACUGACCCAUCUGUUCCCUCAGUACAUACACAAAACAUGUCUCUCUCUCGCCCGCCUGACUGCCCCAUCUGUUCCCUCAGUACAUACACAAAACAUGUCUCUCUCUCGCCCCCCUGACUGCCCCAUCUGUUCCCUCAAUACAUACACAAAACAUGUCUCUCUCUCGCCCCCCUGACUGCCCCAUCUGUUCCCUCAAUACAUACACAAAACAUGUCUCUCUCUCGCCCCCCUGACUGCCCCAUCUGUUCCCUCAAUACAUACACAAAACAUGUCUCUCUCUCGCCCCCCCUGACUGCCCCAUCUGUUCCCUCAAUACAUACACAAAACAUGUCUCUCCCUCGCUCUUUCUGUCUCUGGGAUUUUCCCCCUCAGAAGGGUAACCCAACCAGUUCAACAACACAUCACUCCAGCCUCUCGGUUCGAGCUCUGACUCAUCCUUCCCAGCCCUCAGGGUUGGUUUGUACCAAUCACACCACAGAGUGACAAGAACAUCAUUGUGUGACGCUUGGAGUGUUCAGGAAGCCGUGGAGACCGUGGUUGGUAAUGGGUCAAGUCAUUUUUUUUUUUAUCCUUUUUUUUUUUUAAUGGUUUACUUCAAUCAUAUACUGAGAUAACCACGUCGAUGACAGACAUGACAUGCAGAGGACUUUGUGCAUAUCUUUGCUGGUCCUGGGGGCUUUGAGGUGCCUGCCAUAGUGGUACUACAAUAUGUCAGUCUGUGUUGAAGUGCAAUGAGUUUAAUGGUACGUCAGUCUGUUGUGACCUCAACACCUCUUAAUAGUGAUUUUGACUUUGUGUCUCUCCUUUUCCGUUUUGUCUUCUUAAAUUAACAUUCAUUCAAGUGAUUGCUGUAUGACAUGUCCUGUUGGUAAAUAGUUGUUUUAUUGUGUUGGACUCAAACCCCUUCAUUUUGGUGGAGGGCCGUUGUGUGCUAUAAACAGAUAGGUUUGUUGCAUGUUGAAAGAUAUUUGUAAACAUUUUCCAAGCACAAGGUGGUGCCAUUUCUCAUCUCUACCUGUUGCUCCUCUUUUAAUGGUCCAUCAGGAAAUAGUACUCCUUUUUAUGUACUUGAGAGAUUUUAUGACAUUUCCUUGGAAGGUUUGUAGUGCUCACCUUCCCUCCCCAGUAGGUGCUGGUUGAUCUAGACCCAGACUGUGUGUGCCUGGUGAUGACCCAGCACGGACCUCUGUUAGUAAGGUGGUGAUACAACUCCAUUACUCCUGGAAGCACCAGCACCGCAGUUUGUCCCUCAAGGUGACCGUACACCUACCUACCAACCUUUUAAAGGGACAGUUCACCCAAAUUACAAAAUUACAUUUUUCCCCCCCAUGACAUUGUAAGCUGUCUCUGGACAAGGACGGAGUACAAUCCAAGUUUUGGGUUCGUUUACCUAGAAUCCCAUAGACUGCUUUCAGGGUAAAAAAAAAAAAAGUAUAAUUUUAUUUGGGUGAAGUGUGCCUUUUAACUCUGCUCUGCUAUCAGUUUUUUUCCCUGCAAUAUUUGAAGCACCUGUUAAAUGUACCGAUGUCCCCAACAGAUUUUUAUUGAAGAGCUUUUUAAAAAAUAUAUAUAUAAACUGAAUGAUGACAUCGCUGUGAGAAUUUCUAACAUGUACUAGCUGUUUUGUCAUUGGUCACCAAAGCCAAGCCAUUCACUGUACAAUGUCCGUGACCCAUGGUCUUUCUCUCUGCUUUGGACCCAUAGACGGUUUCAUGUAUAUCAAGGACUUGUUUGGGUAUAAGGGAUGGUUAGGCAAUUCUAAAAUGUGUGGGGAUGUCAUUGGAAGGUGUGGGGUCUUUUUAAUUUUUUUUUUUUUUAAUUAGUUAACUAUUGUUUUGUGUUAGUUGGAAAGCAUAUGUUCAAACGGCAAUCUGUUUCCUGUAUAGUGGACUACCUUUUUUUUUAAAUGGGCAGAUGUAGUCGGCGUUGUGCUGAGCAUUGACUGCGCCGAUCGGUUUGUUUUUUUUCACGUUUUUUUCUUUCUUUCUAGUUUGCUCCUUUUUGUUUUUCUUUAUGUAGUAACUACCUAAUAAAAGUUUAUUUCUAAUUAUA